CUUCGUUCCCUGUUUCCCAACUACUUCAACUAUGAAGUGCCUCCAGUUAACAUUUUUCACUUUGUGCAUCAUAGUGAAAGCUCAUCUGUCCGAAAGUUUUCCACAAUGUUGCCCGGCGAUGUGCUGCUCGUGUGGUUGCGGUUCCAUGCAACGGUCAUCCGACGAGCCAGCCGACCCAGCUAUCAAUGACGGACAGCAAUCGGCGGAAGACCUCCAGCGUAGCCCACUUCCUAAGAAAAGCCACUACAAGGUCGAUCGUGGUAAGGAAACGCCAUGGGACAAAACUAGAACGGUAAUCAACGGGGCCGAGGCUGUGCUGGAUGUUGUCAAUUUCAUAAAGGAAAAUGUACCUAUGUUCAAGAAAAAACAAGAAACAAAGGCUCCUGAGUUGGGCACUAAUUCAACGACAUCGAUAUCUGGGCGGAAUUGAAUGCUUUCUACGAUAUAAAAAAACUCUUAUUUCGAAUAAUUGUGUUAAUUUGGUGAAAUAUAAAAUAAAAUUGACUUAUAGACUAUUCAGAUCAUUAGCAUU